CGCUCCUUCCUUCACUCACUCAGCGCUUCAAUUUCGUUUUGCAUUUGUUCAUCUCUCUCUCUCUCUCUCUCUCGAUCGUCUCUUUCCAGGAAAAAUCUCUGCAGCAAAAAUAUCCAUGGAGAAACAACAGCAGAACCCGAAUCCAGAUAAAUCUGAAGCGGUUGCGGAUCCGGCAUGGGAAUGCGAAGGCAAAGGAGCUUGUGAGUUGAACGCGAAUAGGCGAUUCGCUGAUAAGAUCAUGCCUCAUCUUCUCAACUUGUACGGUUCUUGCGCUAAAGCCAAUGACUUUGACAUGUAUGCACCAAAUGCUUCGUUUGAAGACCCUUUAACGCAUGCCCAGGGAGUGAAGCAAAUCAAAUCAGCAUUUUAUUCACUCCCUAAGGUGUUUGGCGAGUCGAAGAUAGUUGAAUACCAUAUUCAAGAAAGUGAAAUCGCUCCGGGAAAGAAAGAGAUACUUAUUGACAACAAACAACAAUACAAAAUCAUGGGAAGGAACAUAGAUAUGAUCUCUCUCAUUAAACUCUAUGUCGAGAACGGGAAGAUUGUGCGACAUGAAGACUGGUGGGACAAGAAACCUCUGAGGAACAGAGACACGGUUAGCUUCCCGUUAGUAGGACGGGCAAUGGAGAUGGGUCGAAGAGGCUUGAUGCUAGCUACUCAUGCCAUGAUGGGUUUUGGUAAAGAUCCUGACUCACAUUGAAUAAAGGAAAUACAAACACAUCAUCAUAUAUCGUAGUGCCUUGAAUCUGAGGAACUCCUUCAAUCAGUUUGGUUUUUGUGAUACUUGUAACAUGUUAAUGGUUUGGUAUGGUCAAUAACGAAUUAUGGAUGGAAAGACUUUGCAGUUGCGCCAACCUGAACCAUACUGAUUUUGGUGAUAUAGCCUUUGGUCUGUUUUCUUCUAAAUCAAAAUAAACCGACGUGGGGCCGAAUCGAAGAACCUUCCUCAAAUGGGCCUUUACUGUCAAAAUCUAAAGUGUCCAGUUUCUUUUUUGUUUUUUUGUCUCGUCCUUGACGUAAUGUGUAAUGUUAGAUUUUGUGUGUACUA